GCCUUUUCUAAAGGGGACGGUGGUCUGAGGUCGCCUCUGCAUCGGAUGGUUCCCGCAUCAAGAUGGCAGCUCUGUACAGCAGCGAAGUGAAGUGUGUCAGCGUUGAGUGGGACUUCCUCCAAGGCCUCUUGGUGAAGAAUCAACCGGUCCCUUGCUUGCAGGCCCUGCGGAAGGAGAAAUCCCGCAACGCGGCCCGCUCCCGUCGGGGCAAAGAGAACUUUGAAUUCUACGAGCUGGCGAAGAUGUUGCCCCUGCCGGGCGCCAUCACCAGCCAGCUCGACAAAGCCUCCAUCGUCCGGCUCACCAUCAGCUACCUCAAGAUGCGAGACUUUGCCAACCAUGGCGAUCCUCCGUGGAGCUUGAGAGCAGAAGGACCUGCCCCUAUGGGCAAAGCUUCCGGCCAGAGAAAUGGGACGCCGCUCCUGACCGAGCUCUUUGAACAGCAUUUAGGCGGCCACAUCCUGCAGUCCCUGGACGGGUUUGUUUUCGCACUGAACCAAGAGGGAAAAUUCCUUUACAUCUCCGAGACGGUGUCUAUUUACCUUGGGCUCUCGCAGGUGGAGCUGACCGGAAGCAGCAUCUUUGACUACGUCCACCCUGGAGACCACCUGGAGGUCUCCGAGCAGCUGGGCUUGAAGGCACCCUCCGAGGCGUCUCAACCAGUUCGCCAGAAAGCGUCCGCUCUGGCCGCUGGCGCCGCUUCCUCUGGGCUGCCCGAAGCCUCUGAACCGGAUCUGUCGGGCUCCCGGGCGGCAGAGGGAGAGGCCCCCGAACGCUCCUUCUUCAUCCGCCUCAAAUCCACCUUGACCAAGCGGGGGCUUCACGUGAAGACGUCUGGCUAUAAGGUGAUACACAUCACCGGCCGCCUCCGCCCUCGGCUGCCGUCCUUCUCCCACACCCACGCGGGGCCGGGCCGCGCGAUGGGGCUGGUGGCGCUGGCCCACACCCUUCCCCCGUCCACCCUCAGCGAGGUGCGCAUUGAGUGCCACAUGUUUGUCUUCCGGGUCAACAUGGAUUUGCAGAUCAUGUACUGCGAGAGCAGGAUCAGCGAUUAUAUGGACCUGUGCCCCUCGGAGCUGGUGGGCAAGAGCUGCUACUGGUUUAUUCAUGGCGAGGACGUGGAGGGAAUCCGACAGAGCCAUCUGGACUUGUUAAACAAGGGGCAGGUGGUGACCCGGUAUUACCGCUGGCUGCAGAAGAACGGGGGCUUCGUGUGGGUCCAGUCCUGCGCCACCAUCUCGGUCAAUGUCAAGAACCCAAGCGAGAAGAACAUGGUUUGGGUGAACUACAUCCUCAGCAAACCCGAGUAUAAGAACACUGCGCUGGACGUCUUCCAGCUGCCGGGAGUCCCUGCCCAGCAGAAGAAAGCUGGUGAUGGAGGGCCGGAGUUCAAAGGGAGUGGGCUCCCGAAGGAAGGGGGCCAGGCGAAGCUGCCCUCGCCCCACAAGACCUGCUCACUGGCUGAGCCUUAUGCACGGAGCGGGAUGGAGAGCGGAGCCCACAGCCGCCUGGCGGAGACUGACUCCAGCGGCCCCGAAACGAGCUACCAGGAUGACGAGGCCUCGGAGGACAUUGGGGGGAGCGACACGGAGGGGCCUCCGGGCAAGCGCAUCAAACUGGAGUUCCCGCCGGAGAGCCCUCUGGCCGAGGCAAAAGAGGCCUCGCGGGCCAGCUCGGAGGACUCUGACAGCAGCGACAGCAGCAGUGGCAGCGAGUCGGAGCUUGGUCUCCUCGUGCAGCAGAGGGGCGGCCCGAUCCGGAAGGCCAAUGGCUGCCAGACCGGCAGGCGGAGGACCCUGGGGCCCAGCCGGUCUACCGUGUCCGAGUUCACCUCGGUCAUCCAAACUCAAAAGAGCUCCGCUCUGAAAGCCAGCGCGGCGCUGAGCAUCAAGUCCGAGCAGGGGUCGAGGGCCCCCGGGCCCCCCUGGACCUGCCCCCGGGGCCACAAGGGCAGCCCUUACCCUGGGCACAAAGCCCUGGGCCUGGAGAAGCCCCCGGCCAGGCAGGGCUCCUCCCAGCUGUACGUCACCAUCCCGGACUCCGUGCUCACGCCGCCCGAGAUGGAGGGUGGCACGGGAAAAGGGCCCUUCGGCGCCUCUCCCCGGGCGGCCCCCUCUUCGGCGGACACCCUCUCGCCCCCGCUGUCGGGCUCCCCCUGCGAGGAGGGGGCCGCCUCCACCCCGUUCACCCCCCUGGUCUACCCUGCCGAGAUGGAGGUCCUCCAGCGCUUCCACACGGGCAACGUGGUUCUGCCCCUGGUGCACCAGCUCGGAAGCCCCCAGGCCGGCGCGGCGGGCUCCCAGGGCCUCUACGCCACCAGCACCAUCCGGUACGCCCCCGCCGACAUGACGCUAGCCGUGCAGGGCAACCUGUUGCCCCCGGCUCACCCUCUCAGCCUCAUGGACAUUGGCGGCGCCGAGGCCAAGACCUCCCGGGAACUCAUGUACCACCACCUGCAGCGGCUGAACAUGGUGGCGCCGUUUGGAAACUCUGCCAGCUUGGCCCAGAUCUCUGGGGGAGCCUUUGCGGCUACGGACUCCUUCUUUCCCGCCCUGCCCUUCUCGGUGGCGGGUGGCGGGGUCCACAGUGCCUCAGCUUUGGAACGCAAGGAGGACUGAGCCCCCCGGGGGGACUUGGUGCCGUCAAGGCGGGCAUCUCCUUUUGGCCCCCAAACCGUAGCUAAAGUAGGCGCUGAGCAACGCGGCCGGUAAAAAAAUAAUAAUCCUGUGUCGGCGGUGACUGGAGCGCUCGGCCCCAGAGCGAGCGCUCCACCCAUGGGGUGAAAACCAGGAGGGCAAAUCUUGGGUCUCCCCGUCCAGCUAUCCUCUUGCAACAUCCCUUUCUAGGACGCUGGGCCAAGAGGGAGGGAGAGCACCCCGAGAUUUGCUUGGAAGGCCCCUGGGGCUACCCAGACCCUGAUGUGGUUUGCGAACAGCGAGUUCAGCGGUUGGCCCUGUGUAAAUGGAAGUGGAAUCGGGUCUGUGCAGCCUUUCUGGGAAAGGUGCAAGCUGGAGGAAACAGGUGUGCCCCCCCCCUUGUCUGUUGUCCUGCUUUACUUCCUCCUCUGCUUUCAUUUGUGUGUGUGUGUGUGUGGGGGGGGGGUUAUGCUCGAGCCCUGCAGGGUGAAUCAGUUGCCCGGACUCUCUCCCUGCUAGCCCUGGCAAAUGUAAUUCAUGCAGAGCUGCAGAGGAAAGCUGAUUCCCACCUCUUCUCUAACAGUGAACCCUUUUUGCUUCGGUUUGGUCCCUUGCAAUAUUCAUGGGAUUCGGCCACACGUUCUGCUCCGCGUUACCGAGCCAAGACAACUCGGAGUGGAGGUUCUGUGCCAACGGGGGCCCUCCGUGCCUUGCCUUUCAAAUAUCAUGGCCCCUCCUCAGCUUGAUCUGCCCGUUCCCCUUCUGCAAACAAUGGAUUAAGAGCUUAUCCUUUGAUCUCUUGUGCUCAGAUCAGAGAGAGAGGGUCAAGGAGAGGGGCGGUGGGGAGGGGGGCUGCUGCAAGGGUCU